GCAUGGGACAAUAUGUUGAAAAAGUAUGGACUUGAAGAUAAUGAUUGGUUGAGGCGAAUGUUUAAACUAAAAGAAAAAUGGGCCUUAGUCUAUGGACGACAAAUGUUUUGUGCUGAUAUGACUACCACCCAAAGAAGUGAGAGCGUGAAUAGUAUUGUGAAAAGGUAUGUCAACUACAAGCACAAGUUCUUAGAAUUUUUUAAUCACUUCCAAAGACUUCUUGAAGAUCGUAGAUAUGAAGAACUAAAAGCUGAUUUCAAAGCAAAUACAAGCAUUCCAUCUAUGGUGUAUCCGGUUGAGAUUUUGAAGCACGCAACUAGUAUUUAUACCCCUGAAGUAUACAAAAAGUUUGAGCAGGAGUGGUAUAAAUCCCAUGAUUCGAGUUUGGAAUGCUUUGAUGACGAUGGUUUUCUGGGCAGAUAUAAAGUUACCCCUCAUAAUAAGAUUCAUAGCCAUAUAGUUACAUUUGAUUCAUCAAGUGGAAAAACUAAAUCUAGUUGCAGAAAGUUUGAAUUUGCUAGAAUUUUGUGUUCUCAUAUUUUGAAGGUAUUCACCAUGAAAAACGUUAUGAAGAUCUCAAGUGAAUACAUCAUGAAAAGAUGGACACGACAAGCAAAAGUUGGAUUUAUUGGAGAGUCAAAUCUCAAUAAAUUCAACUCGGAUCCAAAAGUACUUCAAAAUCUACGAUAUAAAGAAUUAUGUGGGUUGUAUGUUCAGUUGGUUACAAAAGCUUCUGAGGAUGAAGAUACUUACAGACUUGUAAAAGAUGGUAUUUUGAAGAUGUUUGAUAUGGUGGAUAGCAGAUUGCAAGGUCAAGAGUUAGAUCAACAUGGAGAUCAAACAAGUUUGUUAUUAAAUGAGACUGAAUUACAAACUAAUGAAAGAAACACUUGUGGAGCCAAAGGUAUAAAGUCUAAAAAUAAGACAACUUCAGGGAAAAGACUUAGAGGUGGCUUAGAAAGAGGUUCAAGAAAAAAGAAAGUGGGGCGAAAAGAAGUCCAGCGUUUAUCCUCUGAUAAUUUGGAGGGUGUCCAAGGAAAUCAUGACAUUGUUUCUGAUUUGCCCUCUGUACCUUAUCAAGGGGUAAAUGAAAUUCAGGUUUAUGCUAAUAUUUUUUUAGUGAAAGUCUUCUUGUUAAUUUUUGUAAUAUACUCCCUCCAAUUGAUGCUGGCAUUAGGAGUACUUCCAAUACUACAGAACAUGAUUGUUGAUACUGAUUCUGUUGGAGCAGCUACAGCUCUUUACCUGAAUCUUUCGUGCCCUGAGUAG